CAGUUAAAAUAACUCUCAAAUGAACAAAUAAGCCAAGUCAUAUUAUAGACACCAAACACCACAUGAUGACGUGUAGACUUAUGUUGUGUUAUUUUCCUCUAAAGUAAUAUAAAGGACUAUUUCCCCCAAAGCAGUCACUUGCGCAACUAAUUCAGAAAUGUCAAACUACUCAUUAACAUUUCAUCUGGAAUUUUUCGUGUUGUUUUAUGAUAGAUAAGAAACAAAUACACAAUGUUUGCCUGGGAAAUGAUGAUUGUGUUAAUAAAGCGAACAGGUGUGUUCAUCGAUCGACUGUGCAUCUUCUUUUUUUUCAUCUUUCAAUGACGUGGAAUUUGCGGAGGUGUCCUGAAAGCAGCAGGGCGGACUGGGCCGUCCUCUCCUCCCCAUCUCCUCCCCAUCUCCACCAUUCAGCCCAUCUCCACCACUCAGCCUCGCCUCCUCACGCCCGAGGCGCAGCUGACUGGUGCGUCACCGGGAGAGGCAGCAGCUCGAUGUUUGGAGGGAGAUCCUCUGAUCCACUGAGAGAGACGAUCAUUAGAGUCCGAUCAACCCAGAGGAAGGAUACGCGGAUGGGGAAACCACCACAUGCCGUUCAUCACAGCUCAACGCCAGCUCACACGGCAAUGAACACAAUGGUUCGGUCACUGGUGUUUACCUGUUUAAUCAACAUUUCCCUGUUGCCUUGUGGAACUUGGUGUUUGGAGCCUGAAGCUGGAGCCUCUCCUCAUUCAGGGGCUUUUGACCUCCCCUGGAGAGACACGCUGUGCUGUGGCCAUCCUCCUGCGCACCCUGGUGUGGCUGAAGGCAGCACGAAGGAAUCAAACACAAACUCUUCCAAAGCAUUCCUCCAACAAAGUUCAGGCUGCGUGCUCCAGAGCCGGACAGAUGAAAUACUGACUCAUAACCCCCAUGGUGGGACCUGUUUGGACAUUCUGUGCAGAGUUAGUGACGGCUGGUCUCAUUUAACUUGUGCUCUUAAGUCUGACCGCCAACCAUCUGGUGCUGCGAACGCUGGUCGCAUCGCAGUCAGCUUCCAGCAAUUAUCUGAGAAAGACAACACAAAGACAAAGGUGAAUGAUUCAGCGUCCGUUGGCACUGUUUCUUGUGAAGCAGAGGAUGUUGUAAUUUGCUCACUUGCUCUUGAGCCUGCAACAAGCGGUGUCGCCAUAGUAACAGCCAGUGUCUCCAGUGCCAUCGCUCAACCAGUUCUCCUCAGAGUUCCUGACAGACCUGUGAAACCAAGCCCCCCGGUCAACCUGUCAGACUAUCAAACCCAUCUGGGAGAACUGAUUGUCACCUGGGAGCAACCGUCAGACUUUGUGUCCGGCCCACUGAGAUAUGAGGUCCGAUACUCCUACAAUACUACCUCUUCACCCUGGCAGGUGCUGGCUGCUUUUGGAGAGCCCAAGCUUUCUCUUGAUCUGAAGCCCAACCUAAACUACACAAUCCAAGUGCGCUGCUCUGGCCUGUCGGAGCCUCCUCUGUGGAGCCAAUGGAGCGAGCCACACUACAUCCUCCUGAACACUGUGAGCUACAUCCCUGAAAUAGCUCUGGCUAGACCAGGGGAGAAUGUGACGGUGUAUUGUGUGUUCAAUGACCACAGCGGGAAUGCCAGCACGGCCAAAUGGAAGCUAAACCUCCGCCACUCACUUAAUGGCCGUCAGUACUACCCAGUCAACCAAUGGGUAGUCAGUAAAAUUACACUGCGGGCUCCAGAGGCUGGGAUGUAUGACCUGCUGACUUGUGCACCAAAGCUGAUCCAUCCUUAUCCUUACAGCAAGAUCUUUGUGGAGGGGGGGUUCAUUGACAUAAAGUGCACAACCAAUGGUGACAUUGAUGCCAUGGUUUGCAAGUGGAGCAAUAACGAGAUGACCUCACUCAAGUUUCAGUCCAAGUGGGCUAUCAUGUCAUGCAACGAGAUGGAGGAGAGAGAGAGAGCAGGUGAAGAUGUUGGGGUGAUGGGAGCUCCAUGCUUGGAGGUCAGAACCUCUCAGAAAACCUGUACUAUUACACCUUUGGAACGGAACUGCAACAAAGUAUGGUUGGAAAUUCCAUCUCCAUGGGGUCCAAUCAGAUCCAAACCCCUCUUCGUGUCCCCUAUGGAUCAUGUGAAACCUCACCCACCAACAAACGUUAGGGCGGUGAGCAGUAGCGAUGGUGUCCUGAACGUAUCCUGGACAAACCCGCUUCUGCCAGUCGAGGGCGUCCAGUGCGAGUUUCAGUACCGCUUAUCCACUGAGAGAGAAGAUUGGAAGAUCCAGAGUUCAUUUCAGGAUAUCUGGGGAGAAGUUAUGAUACCAGACAAAUGCAAGGAGUACACAGUUCAAGUGCGCUGCAUGCACAUCAGCAGGAAAGGAUACUGGAGUGAUUGGAGCACACCUGUGAAGUCCACACUUCAAAACGGCAGAGCACCUGAACGUGGUCCUGAUUUCUGGAGAAUUCGUCAUGAUGACCCAGACAGAAGGCAGUCUUCUGUAAUUCUGCUGUUUGAGGAUUUCCCAGUCUCUGGCGACUCCUACUGUGUGGAUGGAUUUAACAUCCUGCACAAGAGCUGGAAUGGAUCUGUGAUGGAAAGAAAGACCAAUAUAGUUUCCUCCUAUAGCUUUGAGUGGGAUCAGGAUUUCCAGACUGUCACUGUAGAGGCCUUCAACGACCUAGGGAGCUCCACUAACAACAUGAACAUGACGCUGGAAAAACAAGCUACGCGCCCAUGUUUACGCUCAUUUCAUGUGCUGGUUAUUAACAGUACCUGUGUGUCUCUGUCAUGGAGCUUGUUGGACAGACAUUCUGUUCCUUUGUACUUGGUGGUUCAGUGGUCCUCUAAGAAGCAACAGGACCCUGUGUGGGUCAGACUGCCCUACACUGAUGCCUCUGUCUAUUUACAAGGAGAUUUUUUCGACUAUAAGGAUUAUUACUUCCACUUGUACCCCGUGUUUGCUGAUGGAGAAGGAGAGCCAGUGUUCACUUCAGCAACCAGACACGAAACAGAGGCCUACAUGAUGCCAUUGUUCAUAUUUUUACUUUGUUUCCUCCUGGUUUUCAUGCUAGUUAUGACUCAAAAACAAAUGAAAAAGUUUGUGUUCAAUGAUGUUCCCAAUCCUAAGAAAUGCUCAUGGGCUGAAGAAUUCAACUUUAAAAAGGAGGACACCUUUGACCACCUGUACCGAGGUUUGCAAGCUCUGCCACUACUGAUGCCCUCUGAGAAAAUCUCCAAAAUGAUCAUUGUUGAUAAAAAGAUGUCCCUGGCUCCUGACCCUGGCAUUGCUUUUGCUAGCUCCCUACAUGAUGAAACUCCCUCCGGAGCCAUUAAUCAGGAUUCUUUGACCAGCUUAAGCUUUGAGAUCGAUGAAACUCAACCAGUCGAUCUUAAGGUGGACUCGCAUCAAAGUAGCACUGACCGUUCUACCCAGUCUUUAAUCACAUACUCCAAAGUGCAGUUGCCUCAUGCAAAGGAUGACCAGCUGCCUGUCCAUCUCAGUCACAAGGCUGGUAGUGGGGGCAGUUCCAAUGAUGAGUUUUCUGGGGAAAACCUGGACAUUUCUGUAUCUUUAGUUAAUGGAGUGAAGGAGCUGGACAGUGGUCACAAUGUAGAGGUUGACAAGAAACUUCUGUAUUACCCAGUAAUGGAAUAUCCAGCACAAGAUGAGGAGGGCGAGGAUGAGAAGCGCAGUGAGGAGAAUGCAGGAAUAGAGUUUAAAAAUGCCGUUUUGGACAAUGAGGGAUGCUCUGUGGAGUUGCAUCCUCUCCUCGGUCCGGGAGGCUUAAACCAGCUGCCCGGAGAGCUGCUGUCAGCAUCACCUUCCAGCUUCCCGCCAUUGUACCUGCCUCAAUACAGAACUGUUCAGUCCACAGGGCAACUUACAGCUUAAGGCAGCAAACCCCUCUCACCAUUGAACACACUACAUCCUGGACUGCAUCGUAUUUCAGAAACAAAGUCCAUAUUUAUUGCACUGUUCUGGAGAUUCUUCUUUACGGUGCUUUAAAUUCCUUGUUCCACUGUGCCAAACUCUUGUUUUACAAAAUGAAUGAUUCAGGAACUAUUUUUAGAGACAAAUCUAACUCAUGAAAAUCAGGUAGCUGGUAGAACAAGGAGCAAUUUGGUAUUCAAGAGUGAUGGAAACAAAAGAGAUGUUAACCAUCAGCGUUGGUGGACACGGGGCACAUGAUCCGUCUUCUGAGAUACCUGGCACCUUUAAAAAGAGGUUGACUUUUGGGAGUAUCAGAUAUACUAGAGUUUACAUUCACCAACUUCCACAGUUAGUCAACAACAUUUCCAUCAGUGUUUUUCAUAUGUGAGUGCUACAAAUGACCCUGACGUCACUAAGCUGCUAAAUCAAUCGGCAAAAGGGUAUUGGGUGUUUUGAAGUUUUUGCCAGGUAGAAGACAAAUUUAGUUUCUAAGUUUUAGAUAAAAACUGUGAAUUCAGUCUGGAUUAACAUUUAUUUUUCGACUCCCUUCAUUUUCUUUCUUUAAUUGUUUUUUCUGACUGUCAAAAGUGAAAAGAAUAGUUUUCCAAUGAGCUCUUUAGAUAAAUGUUUGAAUGAAAGUCCAAUGUCUGGCGGACUGUCCAGGGUGUACCCCGCCUCUCGUACCCCGUGACCUGGAUAUUUCCAACACAGAUCCUUAGAUGCUUGAAUUAAAUUAACACUGUUUUUACGAACAAUGUUUGGCUCAAACUAUCUGAAAACAGGACUUCAUUAUAUCCAGCUGAAGUUUUUCUGUUUAAUUUAAGUUGAAUAUGAAAGAGGAUUAAAAGUAAAGCCAGUAAUGCAAAGAGAGAUAGAAUAAGCCCAUAAUUUGCAUAUUUAAGGACCUUUUUAAAGCAUGACUUUGAGAUGGAGAUCAUAGUUGUGACGAGAGGUAAUCAACUAGCGAUAGAAUGUUGUUGAGAGCUGUUGGUAAUGUUUGGACAUUUUCAUAGGCAGCUUGUGUUUGAAUAUUGCCUUGGAGUAAUCCCUUUGUUUACUCAACAAAGUAUUUUGGAAUUUUGUGCUGUAAUGGAUUUGUAAUUUUGUUGUAUGUGUGAAAUGUGACUAUUUCAUCGCUUACCCCUUAUAUAUAACCGUUUAUGUUUAUUUCCUUUCAAGCCAAAAGAUUGUUUAUUUUCAAGAUUAAGCUAUUGUAAGUAAAAAAAAUGCUAUAAAAAGAAAUUAUCAUUCCGUACAGAUAUCUUUGUCUAUUUUUAAUUGUG